CUUUGUUGGAAAAUUUUAACCAAAUGGCUUCUUCUUCAACCAUCCUUCUACUCCACCAUAUCCAUUUUCUUCCUUCACUUCAUCCAAUUUCCUCCAUAAAACACUUCACUAUCAAAUGCACUCGAAACUCAUCAGACCAAGAAUUCCUCACCCCUUCACCAGACUCAGAAACAACAAUCAGCCCAGACAAAUUCCCUAUAGAAAAACGACGAAAAUCCGAAAUAAUCCGUGAAAGAAAAUCAAGAACUGAUGAGCUAACAAAACAAGAACCACCAAACUUUGAGAUUGGUUGGAAGAGAACAAAGCAAAUUCCAUUAGAGAAGCCAAUAGGAUACAUGGUAAUGGAUUUUUUGCAGAAGUUGGAAGAGUUAAUGGGGAGGGAAUUUGGGUCUACUGCAUUAUUGGUUAAAGUGGGAGAGAUAGUUGUAGCAAGAGUUACAGAAGAAGUUGAAGUGUUGAAGGAAGAAGGGAAAGUGGAAGACAGAAUGGUGAUAGAAUUGUAUAGAGUAUUGAAGUUGAUGGAAAUGGAUUUGGCUAUGGUGAAUGCUGCUGUGAAAGAAGAGACAUUGAAUGAAAGACUUGAACAAGCUAAGGCACGUUGUAGGCAAGCUAUUCUUGUUGCUAAUUCUUUCUGAUAGCUUCUGGUGUAACUGGUAAAGUUAUUUGUCAUGCGACGAGGAGUAACCGGUAAAGUUGUUGUCAUGCGAUGAGGAGUUCAUGAGUUCAAGGCUUGGAAAUAGGUUCUUACCAUGAUACAACAGGUUAAGACAGUGGAGGAUAGAUCUUUAUGGUCCGGUUCUUUAAAUCUCACUAAUAGCGAGAGCUUUAGUAGUUUUUUUGCUUGUAAAAGCUCGAGCCUUUUUAAGGUCUUUUAAAAUUUCUAGUAGCAUUUGUAGUGUAUUUGAGUGUAUCUUUUGUUACCAACUUGGGUUGUAAUGGGGUGAUACCUCCAUUCUUGUUUGGAGGUUUUAGGUUUGAGCCUCGAGAAAUGAUUUGAAUUUAAUCAGGUUCCAUUGCAA